GCAGCUCAGUUGAAGGCUGCUGGAGCAGGGGAGAAGGUGGGAUCACUUGAAAGCAAUCACAGCUCUUGCCCCUGGUGAGGGUAGCAGUGAUUCCUCUGCCUGUUGAGGGCAGGUGGGCCUUAGAACAUAGUAGCACGAAAGAAUUGCAUCUGGCAGCCUGAUAUGGUAGGUAGGAACUGACACUUCAACACGCAUCCUGUGGUGUUCUGUAGGCGCUAUAAAGAUAUAUGUCAGGUGCUAUGUAGGUGCUGUAGGUGCCAUAAAGAUAUAAAGAUAGAUCAUCUGGCUAUGAUUGAACGUGCCUUAUGUUGCAGGGUCUGAUUGACUGUAAACUCUGAUCUCUCACUUUGCUUGUCUGAGGGUCCUCCAGGAAACUCAGUUGCUUCUGAGCCUGCUGUGUUUAGUUGGAAACCCAGAUGCUAGGACACGUUGUUGAAGGUUAGAUGUUCCACCCACAUAACUGCACGGCAUCACUUGGAUUCUGCUGCUACCUGUUGCACUGAGAGGUUUGUUUGCUCUAUGAGGGCCCCUGAAGGUUGUCGCUAAAUAAACCUGUAGUAUUGAUUUGUCCAUGUUCAGAGUCGGUGAAGAGUAUCUACUGCUUCAGGACAGAGAAGACUUAAUUAAGGGAAGAUUAUUGGCCUAAGAUAUCGCCUCUGUAUAGACCUUGCUUUCGAGAGCAGUGGAACACUACGAUGGAUGCCUGGGAGGUUGGCCAGCCUCCCGUGCUAAUGGAGGUCUCCUGAAGCUCUCUCAGCUAAUGUCUGUCAGUGCUGAUAAAUCACAGCUGAUCCUGCCUUGGGGUGAAGGACAGGCAGGAUGGUUUCCCACAGUCCCAUUGUUCCUCUGCUGGUGGUUUAACAGCUCUUCUGCCUUUCCUUAUGCUCAGUCAUUGGGAGGCACUUGGAUGUGACGCCCUACAAUCAAGUUGCUCUGUGAGGGAAAGCUGACGAUGUUGGGAAGAUACAACUGUUGAUUCCACGGGUGUGAGAGAAUUCAGGACAGAAGCAGAGAUCCCAGUCAUGACAAGAGGCAGAUGUUGCUUUUGAAGCAAUAAUGUGGUAAAUACAGGAUGGUCACUGGAACCAGGAGAUGUGACAGAAGGGAUCAGCUGAGAGUAGCUACGGUUUCCUCACUGCAGUGCUUAUGGUGGCCUUGCUCUAUACAUACCUAGGCUUCAGGGUCUGUUCCUAAGCUGCUCUCAAGAAGAACAGAGAACAAAAGCACUCAGCAGUGUGUGGGUUGUUUCAUUGACAUUUAUGCCAAGUCACACGCUGUUGGUGGUGUGCAUGAGCUCCUCCAUCUCAGCCUUUGGGACCUGGGAAGCCAUUGUCAUCUCUUAGAGUCCAAGCAGGCAGCUCCUCAUUAUGCUGGUGUGGGACUGAAGCACCCCACUGCUUUCCCAGCACGUACACAGAAGCUCAGGUUAUGAGAUGAGGCGAUACAUGCCCAUGUCCCAGUCUCAGCCAUGACACUGAGCAACCACAGUCUUGCAAGGUAUGCAGAAAACUCAGUAGUAGCUGGUAGUGUAAAAGCUCUCUCAUGUGCUUCUUCCCAGGCAGAUAAACCUGAGUUUGCUAUCGUGGAUGUUUCCUUUCAUCUGGCUGAAAUUUCCACCUGCUCUGUCUCAAUUGGAGGUUGGCAUUCAGAAGAAACCUGUAAAGCAAAGGAAAAAAGUUCAUCUGGACCCCACAGACUGAGUCGACUGCGUGAUAUAUGGUCCAGUUGCACGAAGGAGGCUGUCUGCUUGUAGCCAAACCCCGCGCUGCUCUGUUAACCACAUCUGCUGAAACAGCUUUGAGUGUCAGCUGGCAAUGCCUGCAUUUUGUCAAAGAAAACAUUUAAGGAAGUUCCCUUGCGGAAGUGCACUGAACAGCGUGCUUUGCAAGCAGAGCUCUGAGGAGCAGAUCCCUCCCAGAGGGACACUGUGUGUGUGCAUGUGUGCCCACACGGCUGGUUGCAGGCUUUCCCUCCAGGUGACCUGGUGCCUGUUUUGGAGAGCUGUUAAUUUACAAUGCAGAUUCAUCUGUUGUCGCCUGCCUGUUGUUGCCUCUCCUGAAUUUGACUGGGAUGUAAGAGGCUGUUUGCUCUCUGAUGCCAACGGUGGUGAUGGCAGAGAGCCCUGCCAUGUGAGAGGCAGAGAUAGAGGAGAGGGGACGAAGGAGGAGUAAACUGUGCAACUCCUAUUGCUUCUGGUUGUCCGGGGAGCAGAUCUACGGGACCAUGUCAAUGCUCACCCCUGUCCUGCAGCCCCCAGAGGUGAAGGAGUAUCUGUCCAAGGGCGAGCGCUUCAUCAAAUGGGACGAUGAAACAGCAAGUGCUUCUCCUGUGAUUCUUCGAGUGGAUCCAAAGGGCUUUUAUUUAUACUGGACGUAUCAGAACAAGGAGAUGGAAAUUCUGGAUAUAACCAGCAUCCGAGAUACCCGAGUAGGGCGAUUUGCCAGAAUCCCCAAGUGCCAGAAGCUCCGUGAGGUUUUUAACUUGGAUUACCCUCACAGCACCUUUCUGCUGAAAACUCUGACGAUUGUAUCUGGCCCUGACAUGGUGGACCUCACUUUCCAUAACUUUGUGUCCUACAAGGAGAAUGUUGGCAAGAGCUGGGCUGAGGAUAUUAUGGCCAUUGUUCAGAAUCCCCUCACAUACAACGCUUCUCGGUACACCUUCCUAGAGAAAAUCCUGGUGAAGCUGAAGAUGCAACUGAAUGCAGAGGGAAAGAUUCCUGUCAGGAAUAUUUUUCAGAUGUUUCCUGCAGACAGGAAGAGGGUGGAAGCAGCAUUAAGUGCUUGUCAUCUUCCAAAAGGCAAGAAUGAUGCCAUCAACCCAGAGGACUUCCCUGAGACUGUGUAUAAAACUUUCCUCAUGAAUCUGUGUCCACGGCCUGAGAUUGAUGAGAUAUUUACUUCACACCAUUUCAAAGCAAAGCCCUACAUGACCAAAGAACACUUGGCAAAGUUUAUCAACAAGAAGCAGCGAGACUCUCGCCUCAACGACAUCCUUUUCCCACCAGCAAAACCUGAGCAGGUGCAGAGCCUGAUAGAGAAAUAUGAGCCCAGCGUCAUUAACAUCCAGAGAGGGCAGUUGUCUCCAGAGGGAAUGGUCUGGUUUCUCUGCGGCCCUGAGAACAACGUGAUAGCACUGGACAAAUUGAUGCUGUAUCAGGACAUGACACAGCCACUCUCACACUACUUCAUCAAUUCAUCCCACAACACUUAUUUAACAGCUGGCCAGUUUUCUGGUGUCUCAUCUCCUGAAAUGUACCGUCAGACGCUGCUGGCUGGGUGUCGCUGUGUGGAGCUGGAUUGCUGGAAGGGCCGUCCCCCAGACGAGGAGCCCAUCAUCACUCACGGGUUCACCAUGACAACUGAAAUCCUCUUCAAGGACGCCAUUGAGGCCAUUGCAGAAAGUGCUUUCAAAACAUCUCUUUACCCUGUCAUCCUCUCGUUUGAGAACCACGUGGACUCGCCUAAGCAGCAGGCAAAGAUGGCUGAGUACUGCCGAACCAUAUUUGGAGAUAUGCUGCUGACAGAGCCUCUGGAGAAAUACCCACUGAAGCCAGGAGUUCCUCUGCCAAGUCCUAAGGAUCUCUUAGGGAAAAUCUUAAUUAAGAACAAAAAGAAACAGUCUGUAUCUGAGAAGAGGCAGAAUUCUAUGAAGAAGGGGAAGAAUGUGGAAACAGAAAUCAUGGAGCAGCCAGCUUUUAUGGAUGCUGAAGAUACUGUCUGGGCAGGUGAUGUGGCUGAAGAGGAACCAGAGGAAGAGGAUGAUCAGCUUGGAAACCUGGAUGAAGAGGAAAUAAAGAAGAUGCAGUCAGAUGAGGGCACUGCUGGUUUGGAAGUGACGGCGUAUGAGGAAAUGUCCAGCCUUGUUAAUUACAUACAGCCCAUCAAAUUUGACUCCUUUGAAGUCUCUGCCCAGAAGAACCGGAGUUACGUCAUCUCUUCCUUCACUGAACUGAAGGCUUACGAUCUGCUGACCAAGUUCCCUGUGCAGUUUGUAGAAUACAACAAGCGCCAGAUGAGCCGGAUUUACCCCAAAGGCACCCGGAUGGACUCCUCCAAUUACAUGCCCCAGAUGUUCUGGAACGUUGGCUGUCAGAUGGUGGCACUGAACUUCCAGACCAUGGAUGUCCCCAUGCAGCAGAACAUGGCUCUGUUUGAGUUCAAUGGCCAGUGUGGCUACCUGCUCAAGCACGAAUUCAUGCGGCGUCCAGACAAGCAGUUUGACCCUUUCUCAGUGGAGCGCAUUGAUGUGGUGGUGGCAAGCACCCUGACUGUCACGAUACUUUCUGGUCAAUUCCUCUCAGACCGCAGUGUGAAGACGUAUGUGGAAGUGGAGCUGUUUGGGCUGCCAAGGGACACGAAGCGCAAAUACAGAACCAAAGUGACCUCCACUGCCAACUCCAUAAACCCUGUUUGGAAAGAAGAACCUUUUGUUUUUGAAAAGAUCAUGAUGCCUGAGCUGGCAUCACUCAAAAUCGUGGCCUUUGAGGAAGGAGGAAAGUUCAUUGGUCAUCGUAUCAUUCCCAUUAUUGCAGUACACUCAGGCUAUCACCACGUUUGUCUCCGCAGUGAAAGUAACAUGCCACUCACCAUGCCCUCUCUAUUUGUGUACCUGGAAGUAAAGGAUUACGUCCCUGAUGCUUGGGCAGAUCUGACUAUUGCUCUCUCCAACCCAAUUAAGUUCUUCAGUCUGCAAGAAAAGCGAUCAGUUAGUCUAAAAGAUGGCUCGGAGGUGGAGAGGCCUGACAUGCAGAGGAACUUCUCAUUCCCUGAAAAUAAUGGGAUACCUGAGUCUGCCAGGAAAUUCAGCACCCCUUUUGCCAAUGGGCCUGCAGGAGCAGCAGCUCUUGUCAAGGAUGGAAACAUGAAGGAAGUGACACAGCUUGCAGAGCCUCAGACAGCCAGCCUUGCAGAGCUGCAGCAGAUGAAGCUGUUCCUGAAGCUGUUGAAGAAGCAGGAGAAAGAGCUGAAGGAGCUGGAGCGGAAGGGAAGUAAAAGGAGAGAAGAGUUGCUGCAGAAAUAUUCUGUUCUCUUUUUGGACCCUGUCUGCCCCGGAGGCAAGAAAAGAUCCACGCACUCCAGGAAAACCCAGAAGAAAAGGAGUCUGACAACAGGUGAUGUCGGUACCUGUGUGCAACCUGUAGAAAUGGCAGAAAGCAUGGAUAGCAGAGUUUUGGAACUGAAAGAAAGGCUGGAGAUAGAGCUUAUCCGCCUGGGGGAAGAAUACCACAGUGGAAUUCGAAGAAGGAAAGAGCAGCAUGCCACAGAGCAAACAGCCAAGAUAACAGAGCUGGCCAGGGAGAAGCAGACAGCUGAGCUGAAGGCACUGAAGGAGUCAUCAGAAAGCAACAUUAAAGACAUUAAGAAGAAGCUGGAGGCGAAACGAUUAGACCGAAUCCAAGUCAUGAUGAGGAGUACUAGUGACAAGGCUGCUCAAGAGAGGUUGAAGAAAGAAAUUAAUAGCUCUCACAUCCAGGAAGUGGUCCAAACAAUCAAACUGCUGACAGAAAAGACAGCCCGGUAUCAGCAGAAGCUGGAAGAGAAGCAGGCAGAGAAUUUGAGAGCAAUCCAAGAGAAAGAAGGCCAGCUCCAGCAGGAGGCAGCAGCAGAAUACGAGGUGAAGUUGAAAAGUCUGACUGUGGAAGUGCAGGAGUUGGUGAAGAACUAUGUGAAAGAAGUCUUUCGUGAUGGGCCGGUGAUUCAGAAAGAAGCAGUUCUGAGCAUUCCCGUGGAAGAACAAGGCUCUAUAAAGCAACUGGAAGAGAAGAUCCCAGGGGCAGUGGUGUCAAGGCUGGCAGCAGCUACAGCUGAGCCUCCAGGAGCAGAAACAGACAUCAAUAUUGAGGAAAGCAUUCUGUGAGCAAUGCUUCCUUUGUUCCACUUACGGAAUGUUUAUGGACAUAUGUAAUGAAGUUAAAGACCAGCUUGACAAACUACUUUUUCUUUCCAUUCUGGGUAACUCCUGAAAUCCUUCAGGAAUUUUACUACUUUGUUAUUCUAGGUAUUGGAAAUAGUCUGAGGAGCUCACCUACAGCGAGCACUUCACUCUCCGUAGCACUAUAGUGUGUUUCAUCAGUGGGGCUGAAGACAAGCUGGUUGUUGGCACUGACAACAGCAUAUUUUGGCCUGGGUUCAGUUGUCAGUUUUCAGAGCAAGAUCCCUCAUUGUCCAUUAUGCACUUGUUCACACCAUAGCAAUCUCAGAAGUAGAUCCCUCUGAACAAAAUAUAACUCUCCAACUGUCCACUGUUGAUGCUCCAACCAGCUGAGAGCCAGCCUGGAAAAAAGCCUCAGAAAUGCACGUGAAUGGAAACGGCAGAGGCUCAGGAGAAACUGUUGCUCCCUAAAGUGCUCUUCCACCUGGCAACAGUACCUGCUAACAGGUAACUACCUAUUACAGCCCCUGUUUGUAGGAGGAAAGGUCAGUUUAAAUCUCCUAUCUUUUUGUUUCUUAGCAUUCCACUUCCUUGCACAACCAGUAUGGGCUUUUCAGUUGUUUUCCACCCCGGGGGCUGAUUCUCACUCCCUAUUUUGACUUUACCACUUUGGUGUGUCUUCAGGCAAGUUCUUAGAUCUGAAUCCAGUAUCUCCUAAGACCCUUCCAGUCUUCAGCAGACUCGUUGGACAAUUAUAAGGUACACUAUGAGGAGCCUAAGAGCCUUAGCACGGGUUCCUGCUAUCACAAACACACUUGCAGAUUCUCUACUACCAUAAUUAGAUGCUGUACAGAGCAUCACUGCAACUUUUGCCCAUGAAGCUAAACUAUCUCCAAGCUACAUAGUAUAGAAAUCUUUACAAAUAUCUCUAAGCUGCUUGAAAAUAAUUAUGUUGCUCAAAUGAAGAGCCAGACAGUUAUAUAUUGCCCAUAAGAGUAUCUCACACAGAAAGCUCAGCACAGAAAACACAUUGCAUCCAUUCAGUAGCAGAAAGAACAGCAGAUCUCUGAAGCUUCCUUUGCCUGCUGCCAUCCCUCUUAAAGAAUGAGAACAGUGGGUUCAACAGUGAUGAGGAGAAUCUGCUCCUGGGAAAGCCCAACUCCUCAAAUAAUUCACAUGCUCUUUGGGACCUGCAGUGUAAGACAACACUACUUCUGUGUGAAGGUGCGGUGCUCACACCUUUCUCCAAAGCUUCACUCACUUCCCAUUUCUCCAUGAGUUACAACCACUCUGACUGAUAACAAUUCUCUCCCUUUGUUGACAUAACAAAUAAGUCUUGUUCCACAGCCUCACUGAAGGAAAUCUGCCCAGCAGCACAACUUGAAAGAUGAAUGGUUCUCAGCCUCUUUUAGCCAUAGCAGGCACCUGCUGCUGUCUGUUUUCACUCAUACAAAACCUUUCCAGCAGAGGGUCAGGUUCCCAAUGAUUUGGCUUUGUCUUGCAGCAGAAAAAAGGGCACAUUCCUCUUAGCCAUCUUUACACUUUCUAGGACAACAAAGCCUUAUGUUGUGAAUGCAGAACUUACAUCACAGCCCCCUGCCUCCAUGUAUACUUUCUCUCACCUGUGUUAUGAUUUUGUGCUCUGAACAGCGAGUUCUCACUCAUCCAGAAGGAAGGAACUGGCAACAUAUGGCCCAACUCCUUUCCUAGCACUGUGUAAGACAGAGCUUGCUAAUGGAUCCUAAAAAAGCAAGAAAUAACAGCAAUAAUUCAGUACAGAACAGAAACACGCUGGCCUUCCAUCAAAUCCUGUAUGCCUUAACACCAGCCCCUUGCUUUAAUGCACCCAUUUGGGCAGCCAUGCCACCGCAGAGCUGCAGAGGGUAGAGUAUCAUUAAACCCAGCCAACAUGCAAGAA